GGGUUUAGGAAAGGAACCCAGGAACUUUGACUCUGGGCCACACCCCAUUCUUGGCCUGACCCCCUGCCCUUCUCCCUUCCUCCUUCCCAUCAGGUGAGGAGAGCUGAGUCCCUGGAUCUGCUCCCUGAGAUGACAUCCUCUGUACUGGAGUGUGUGUUUGUGGACUGAGGAAGGCUGGGCUAUGUGAUCUGGGCAGGCCUGAGUGUCACUGACGACAGUGGUCCAGGUAUAAGAGCUGAGCUCAGGUGAGCUGGCUCAUCCUGUCCUGUCUCAGAGGCUGCCAGCAGGCAGAUCAUGAGCCACCAGCUCCUCCAGGGCAGGCAAUAGGACGACGCAACUCUCACCAAAGGACCAAGCACACCAGGCACCAUGGGACAGUGUCGGUCAGCCAAUGCCGAGGAUGCCCAGGAACUGAGUGAUGUGGAAAGGGCCAUUGAGACCCUCAUCAAGAACUUCCACCAGUACUCGGUGGAGGGUGGAAAGGAGACGCUGACCCCCUCUGAACUACAUGACCUGGUGACCCAGCAGCUGCCUCACCUCAUGCCGAGCAACUGUGGACUGGAAGAGAGAAUCGCCAACCUGGGCAGCUGUAAUGACUCUAAACUCAAGUUUGGGAGUUUCUGGGAGCUGAUUGGAGAAGCAGCCAAGAGCGUGAAGCUGGGGAGCCCUGUCCCAGGGAGCUGAAAACCUUACCCUGGGAUUCAUGGGGGGAUGUUGGGGAAGGGGGAGCUUAGAGACUGGGCACAGAAAUAAAACUCCUGUCUUUACCAUUA